AGAAAAAAGUUGUAAGUUUAUAGCCUUCCUUUCCAAACAAAGAAGAAAACAAAUAAAAUCUUAAUUUUUCUGUAUGAGAUGUGUACUCUAUGUAGAUAUUGAUCUUUAUCUUUCUUGUUCUGUGGAUAAUGUGCAAGCACAUCUUUACCUCAACAUCCUCUGUCUAAAUAGGUCAACUUGAGAUGGCAGGUGUCUGUGGUUUUUUUCAAUGAAAAAAAAAAAGAAAAAACCCCAGAUAUUUACGAAACACUGUCAAAAUCAAUAAACUUAAAAAAAAAGCAUAAUAACACUUCAUGGGCACCACAUUUAAAACACAAUCAUAUUUAACUUUCAAAUCUAUUAGAGCCAUCAGACCUGUGACCUUUACACUGGGUAUGCCCCAAUGACCAAAUUAUAGAAAACGGAUUGAAGUCAUGAAGCAAACUGGAAUUGAAAAUAAUUUAGUCACGCAAGAGGUUUUAAGCAAAAGAACUGCCUCUCUGUCAUUGUGUCUUCAAUGAGUGGAGUGUGGAGUAUGGAGGUGUGUGUUGCCACUCAAAUUUCGCCAACACAGCUCCCACUCUCUUCACAAACCACAAACACAGAGAAGAACAUCUGCUGUCGCUGCGAUCCAUCAAACCUGUUGAAUUAACUGAAAUGGCCACUCAAUCUCCAUCAAAUGAUAGUAUCUUCAACGAAACCUGUAAUGUGUUCACCUACAAGGAUUCAGCUCGGAUUCUCUUUCCCAUCUUCUACAUCAUUGUGCUUGUCGUCAGUAUAUCAGGCAACACCCUGGUCCUGUACAUUACAAGCCAGAAGAAGAAGAAGUUCAACUCCACCACACUGUACCUGAUCAACUUGGCCAUCUCUGAUACCCUCUUUACUCUUGCUCUUCCGGGUCGAAUCACUUACUACAUCCGUGGUUUUGACUGGCCCUUUGGAGAUCUUCUCUGCAGGCUCACUGCUGUUAUUUUCUAUUCAAACACCUACACGGGAAUCGCUUUCAUGACCUGCAUCAGUGCUGAUCGCUACCUGGCCAUGGUGCAUCCACACAGGUGUCUGAAGCUGAGGAGUCUGAAGGUAGUGCGAGGAAUUUGCAUCCUGGUCUGGGCAAUCGUUUUCCUAGAGACAUCUCCUAUGCUCUUUAGAAGCAUGAUAAAAGAAUGGCAAGGUCAACAAACAUGCAUGGAGUACUCCAACUUAGAUGAUUCUUCUAGAACCCCAUAUGUGCUUUUGCUUGCUUGUUUUGUUGGGUUCUGUUUGCCCCUGGGUCUUAUCCUGGGAUGCUACAGCCAGAUUAAUUACAAGCUUUCCAAGACUGCCAAGGAGAACCCUAUGACUGGCAAGUCAGGAAAAAGCAGCAGGGCCAAGAACAUAAUAUUACUGAUUUUGCUGAGCUUCAUGCUGUGCUUCUGCCCCUACCACGUCAAUAUCAUGCAGUUCAUGGUGCGCAGACUUCUCUAUAAGCCUUCUUGUGAGGAAAUGAAGACCUUCAAAAUGUCUCUUCAGAUCACUGUGUCCAUGAUGAACAUCAACUGUUGCCUGGAUCCAGUCAUCUACUUUUUUGCAAUUAAGACUUACAAGCAGAGAGUAAUGAGCCUUUUUAGGGGAUACAUGCCUGCAACACUCUCCUUAAAGAGCAUGCCUGAUAACAGCACCAGCAACACUUGAGCAACAUCCUAUUGAGUAACCAGAUCCAAUGUUUAAUUACUGAAAUCCAACAAUUUCAAGGGAAAAAUAUUUUGAUAAAGGACUUAUGAAUAAAGGAUUCCACAUAUGUUUUGUAAGGGACUGACACACUGAUGACAUUCUAUCAACCAUUUAUUAUAAGAUAACUGAUAAAAAUUAUCCAAACGAAUAUCAUUUCACUUUCAUUCUUUUCUUAUGUGAAUCUAGGAUUCUUUCAUUUUCUGUCUUUUUAUUGAAAACAACAAUACCAAAAUCACCAUAGUGUUAAGAUUCGACCUGUGUGUAGACUGAGGAACAAACAAAUCCUUAUUAUCUUCAUAGUAUACUCUGAGUUUGUGCUGUGAUUUUCUGGAAACUAUGGUUUGGCUUGGAGACCUUUAGGAGAAACUAUGACUAAGGGACUGCUAAUUGAUCACCGUUGCCUUGGGAAUUAUUAAACAAAUUAGUAUUCAGUGGGUUAUUUAAAACAAAAUGCAAAAUUCUCCAAAUACAUUUUAUGGGAAAAUGUUGCCAAGAUUUAAAAUGUAAAUAGUAUACAAACAAAAAGAAAAACAAGGUAUAAUCAGUUUAUAUACAUUUUAUAUAAUAUAUAAUAUGUAUAUUCAUCUAUAUGCCUAGCACCAGAAGUGGAAGUAUGAAUGAGUCAAAAUCCUGUUCACUUAAAAUAUCAGCAAAACAAAAAUAAAAUGCUACUAUUAACUGUGAUAAUAAAAAAGUAAAUGAUGCAACUGUGAUGUUAAGUAGGUCAGAGCAGAUAAUGGAUUGACAUUGAUGUUUAUUCAACACAAGAGCCUGUUUGAUUCAUGUAAAACACACGUUAUUGGAGACCUUCAAUUUUUGUAAAUGAGUACUUUGAUGUUUUAAAUAAAAAAUAUUAAAGAU